ACUGUCUAGAAAUGGAGAGGUUACUGAAGUUUGAGCCAUGUAAGAUCCUGGACAAGCGAGUGAAGGAGCCAGAAAACCCUUGGAAUAAAUUCAUUUUACCUUGCCAAGAUCGUGUGAUAAUGGACAGAGAGUUAGAUCUGCUUUCGUUUUCGGACAGUGAGAGCAGCGACAGCAGAUUUGACACGAUAAGCCUGAGUUCCAGCUCCAGCAUUGUUUCUUGGGACAGUUCUGGUGAACUUUCACCAUCUCCCUCAGUGACUGCAAUCACAUGUGAUCCUUUCAAAACAGAAACUUUCAAGGCAGCGCGAAUGAUAUCGGAAGCGACCCUCACACCACCAUCAUCACCAGAACUUGGUCGUAGCCGGUUAGUUAGUGUGCCUGUAGGACAAUUGGUUGCAGUAAGCAUGGGUGGACUUAUGGACAGAGGUUCAGUUAGAAUGCGUAGUUUAAAUCCAAUUUCAUCUUCUAGAGGUAGUAGUAGCAAGAGAUCAGAUUCCCCCGAUCCCAAGCGAAGAGUUCAUAGAUGUCAAUUUAGUGGUUGUAGGAAAGUUUACACCAAAAGUUCACACCUGAAAGCACAUCAGAGAACACACACAGGUGAAAAACCAUACAAGUGUACUUGGGAAGGAUGUGAAUGGAGGUUUGCUAGGUCUGACGAACUCACGCGACACUACCGCAAGCACACGGGGGCCAAGCCUUUCAAAUGUAGUCACUGUGAGCGAUGCUUCUCGCGAUCCGAUCACCUUGCACUUCACAUGAAGCGCCAUCUCUGAUGAAGACGACGAUGAGUUCUCAGCGUAUAUACAUGUACUCAUCUUGUGUUCAAGAGUGGACAGCGUUCAGUGCCAAACAGCACAAAUUCUGCAGACAUUGUUUGACCUUGCUCAAUCAUGUUCAACCAAAAGAGAUUUGUGCAAAAGUUAAUACUUCUCAUGCACUAGGGGUAGUGGCUACAUUUCAUGAAACACAAAACAGCAUUUCAGUGGGAAAGAAAGUAGGUAAUCAUUGUGCUAUUAUUACUAUAAACUAGGUAUGAAAUGUAAGUGUUGUAAUGUCACCAAUGUGUUUUCAUGAGUUGCCACGUCUUGUUCAACGAUUUCCGGUGUCAUGGGCUGAGAUAGCACGAUGAACGAUAGGCUUAAGAAGUGCAAAGGGCUGUUCUUCCUGGAUGCACUAUUUGGCUGUCAUUACACGUACCUGUACGUCGCCGGCCUACCAGCAGUUUGAACUAGAAACAACUCCCAAGAAGUUCACCAUCUGUAAAGGCAGUGCAAAAACUCUUAUGCAAUGUUGCAUAAUUUAUGGUGAAGUCCCCUUACUCUGUUAACUCGCACUGGACUGUCUUUUCCGACUUCAUUAGGUUAACCCACAAUCAUGCUAAUAAAAGCGGUUGUACAUGUAGCAUGCAUGCAUAAUCUCUAUCAUAUUUUCUAAUUUCCCAGAUUGCUUUAAACAAAGAUACACCAAACUGAUGUUAUUUAUGUAGAUCAAGUUGACAUAAGGAGACAAGUGUACAGUAUAAAUCUUGCCAUUUUUAUGGAAUUCUUUACUCAGUUCCAUUAUCUCUCUUUUUCUAUUUUAGCAGCAAAAAGUCAUCAGGGUCCCGUAACACAAACAUCUUCGCUCAAUAGCUAAUGUCAGACAAACAUCGAUUCUGAUUGGUUGAUCAUGGUAAUAUCCAUGGAAAACAAUCUUGAUUUGUCUUUGCCAUUGUUCAAUUAAUUACAAACCUCUGUAUUAUAGGACCCAGGAAUCAAUAUAAGCAGAAUACUUGAUAAAGUAGCUUCUAAAUGAUCAUGAACAGUAAAUAUAAUGUUUUAUAUUGUAUCCUUGUACUUGAGAAGAAUGGUAGGUACGGGAAAUGCCUAUUUUAUAUACAUGUAGAUCUGUCAAUCGGAGUUCUCAACUAGGGUGUGUACUGUGUUGUAAGAAAGUCAGUUGCAAUUGAUUGCAAGGUUUAAUCACAAAUUUGCAGUUGAAGGAUGAAUUUCAACUACAGCAAACCAGUUAAUACUACUUGUUGCAAGAAAAUAAUCUUCAACUCAUUGUAAUUUGCUAUAGGAAAUCUUAAAAUUAUUUUAAAAUUCAAAAAUUAUUUGACACCUAUAGGCUUUUGCAGCACCCUUGCAACGCUUCAUUACUGAUAAAAGUUGCGGUAUUGGUUGCAUACACAACUAUAUACUUUUACUUUAAUACAAAAUAAUAGGUUCAUUUGAUAAUAGGUAUGCACAUUCUGAGUUCAGAGUAACGAAACAUGAUAAGGAAGAAGGAGAUGGAGGGUAUGUAAUUGAAGAUUAAAGCAAUUUCAAGUAUGAUUUUAAUUCUUUCAUGAGUAAGGGGAACUGCAUUAAUAUCGUUGUAUCACAGAGCAAUGACAGUUUUGUCAACGCAGUAGUACGAAUAUAUCAAUCCAUAUCAUGCAUGUAUGUAUGGCAUAGCUCUGUUUUGUAUCUUCUAAUUCCUAUUUCAACUCACUAAGAAAAUCAGGUGCUAUUGUGAACCAUUUUCCAAAUCAUUAAAAUUAUUUUGAACUCAUUGAUUAUUUUACAUUUUGAAACCGUUGUUGAGUGGCAAAUAUUGAGGUUGCCAUUAUGCCGACAUAUGCAUUGAUCAACAUAUUACAUAUAGUGCAUUGUUACUAAUGUCUUUAUACAUGAGGUAUGAAGUAGAUAUAUAUUGAGGCAUCACAAAGCAUUGACCAUUCUAAAAGGAUACAGCCUUAUCUGCGUGCUACAGUGUACCAUUAAGACGACAUUAAAAAAGAUGUCAUAAUUACAGCAGUAGAUAGGGUCAGCCAGUGUGAUGCAUGGUUAGUAUUUGUAGUGCCUCACUUCAUCUACCUUGCAUUAACAGUUCAAGCAUCAUGGCACUAGUGGCUGGGACAACGUUAAUCCUGUUCACUUUGACAAAAUUAAGGACUUUCUAUCAAUUAAUUAGGCAUUGCAUCUGAUGCGUCGCAUCUUCCCAAGGUUAUCCUUCCAAUCGGAUCCCGGAAAUUGUUUCCGGGCUGAAUGAAAAUUGUAUUUGUGUGCCUGUAAGAACUGGUAUCUGGCUACAUGUGCCAAACAUUUGGCUUGCAUGAAAUCACAAUGUUAUGUAAUGUAUGAACAGUGCUUGUGCAGACACAAUAGAUUUAUCCUGAAACUUGAUAGAGACCGUCCAAAGAAAUCAUUUGCUAUUACCAAGCAGAGCAAUUGGAAAAACAGUAACAGAAGAAUUGAGAUGAUUAUAUUGAUAAAGGAAAAAAUGCAUCUCGAAUGACAUGAAGUAGAUGUACUUGCCUUUUUGCGAACCCUAAUUGCCUAUCUUAACUUUUUUUUUCAAUUCACAGAUGCAGAUAAAGCCAUUAUUAUGAUCUUCAUUCUUACGGGUCAUUUGAAAUUUCUUUUGUGAGUUAUGCACUAUCUGAAGUGCAUUCCUGUAAAGUAUACACAAGUAGGUCUUUCUCAGGCACUCAAUCAUAACAUUCUAUUGUCAUCAUUUAUUCAAACAAAAUUGGACGUGAUUCUUCAUUGACCUUGUAUUCAGAAACGAAAGGUAUGUCUCUGGCCACAGCUUUACCAAACGAUGUAGCUAAAAAAAUUGUUUUCCAGUCAGAAUACAUGUCCUCAAAUGAAAAAAGAAAAGAAAAAAGUUUAGUUGAAUUUGGAAAUACAGUCCACUCUAGUUUCAAAACGCUGCAACUCAUCUUCUUGUGUCAGCCACAAUUUAGGAGCUACUCAACCAAAAAGAAAGAAAAUGCAGUAGAUGAUGUUAUGAUCAGGUGUAUUGCUAUGUCAGGGAAGAAAUCAUCUUUGUUAGGCCUACUAAAAUUUAACCCCCUACAGUAUAAGUUACCAUAAAAUAAGAAAUUGGUCUACAACUCUGUGAACUGUCAUUCACCAUUUACAUUUGGCCUGUUGUCAUGGGUUACUGUUGCAUGGUUUGAAUAAUAAAAAAACUCACAAAAAGACACCUCACAUACUGUAAAUUUCACUUUUAAGGAUCUUUUUAUCCAGGUAGAGCAUGGUUUGAAACCAAGGUCCAUUCAGAUGAGGAGCAUAAAAGCAAAUACACAUGCUAUGUACACAAUGUUUAUAAUAUUUUCUUGUGUGUCUGAAUGCUCUGUUUGGUCUGCAAACAUUGAUUCAUUAUUCAACUUCUUUCUCUAUUGAGUUUGGAGCUAAACAUAGUGUCUGUCCUAGCACACUACAGUACAUGUAAUUAUCAAUUCACGAACCUCUCCAUUCUCAUGGCAUAUUACAAGUCGUUUUGUGUCUAAACAUAAAAUGUCAUCAUCAAAUAGCAAUACUGUUCCAGCAUAGCCAUAUAUUUUUUGUGUGUUUGAAUGGAGGUCUUGAUGUCUUUUAUUGUCGAUAGUUAUCAAUUGCUUUCCUCACUUUAAUGAGAACAAGUAAAUGUUCUAGAAAGAGGUAUAAGAUCUACACUCUUUUCUAUCAUGAACUUGAAAAAAAAUGAACUUAAUUAUAUCUUGGAACUCAUUGAUGUUCCAUUUUGGUUCAUUGUUGUGAUUUUGUAGAUCAUUGCACAAUUAGGCAAAAUAAUGGAGCUAUGUAAUGGGUGAAACCAUUUUAAAUUAUCUUUAUUUUGAUAGUAAAGAGAUGUGGUUAUCAGUACAUACCAUGCAUUAAAAAAACAUUUUACUCUCCUGCACUUUAAAGCUGCUUUUCUAAUGUGUUUGCUUGUCAAUCUUCGGUGGCGGGAAUGUAAUACACAAAAAGUAAUAGAGUGGUAUAAAAAAAAAUCAAGUAUUGAGGCAGCAGUGGCCAAGUAUGUUUGUUAUCUUGGGCAUCAGAUGUACAGUUAUAGAAAAGGGAUAAUAAACUUGUUAAAUUGUAGGGAAAUAAUAUGGGACGGGGAUUGACUUUCAGUUGAGAUAUUGCCUCUUGUGAAAAGUUGUUAGAUUGAUGUGUACAUGUAUAUAGAUUAGUAGAUCAUUAGAUAGAAUUAUAUCUAGAUAGAUACAUGAGAUAGAUAGAAAAUAGAAGUAGAUAGAUAGAUAGAUUGAUAGAUAAAUUAGAUCAGUAGAUAGAUGCAUAGUGGAUAGGUUUACAGAUAAAUAAAGUGAUGUCUGUGCUAGUCUGUGAUAGAAUAGAAAAGUAUAUAAUGUGAGUAAACUCAUUAUUAUUAGUCACAGUACAUAAACAUAAGAAAAAAGAGCUCUUUUAUUUUGAAUGUUUUAUUUUUUUUAACAUUGUAAAAUUUCCAAUAUGUGCAAC